AUUACCCCACCACCGCCCUCGUUGCCUCGGCGCGCCAAGCUCGCCGCGUACAGCCGCCAGCAGCUACCGCUCACCGCCUCACAGCUCACAGUCCGCAUCCGUCGCUCGUUGCGCGAGCACACGUGGACGUUUUCACAGUCAAAUUGCGCGCGUUGCGUAUCAUACCUCGUUAUCGCUCUGACAGUAGGAGACCUUUCUUCUAUGCAAGUUGACACGAGAGUCGAUGCACUUUCGGAUACUUGAGUGGGUUUGUAAUUCACGCGAGCUCGGAAAUUCUCUUUGUAUUUUGAACCAUACAAGUUUUUUUCGAAACAAGAUUGAAUCGAACCUCGAUUUUGAUCUCGAUAGAGAAAUAUCAUUUAACGCGCAUCAUCGAAGAAUAUCGGUAAACGGAACAUUAUUUUAUUACGAGUAUUUGUGAAUAAGUGCGUUUCGAUUUUUUUGAUCGAUUCUACUCAGAGUGCAUAGUCGUGAGACAAUUCUAGGAAGGAACGAGGAAUUGGAUAAAAUCAACACGGCAAACACGCGAGCCACCAACGGUUAUUUCGCUCGCGAGUGACAAGUGGUUCGACGCGUGGUUAACCACGUGGCGCGGUGUGCGCGCCGGUGUGUAUAACCGCUCGUGAGAGAGUUGGUGUAAACUUUUGUGAAACUUUCCUUCCUUCUGGACGUAUUUGGCGCGCCAAACGCUUGCGCGUGCAUAUGACGGACAAGUGACAGAGAGGUCGUUGGUCUUCCUUGGUGUCGCGUUGCGAGUGACACCGCUGCGCUACUACUGCGCUUUACGAUUCCAAGCGAUUCGAGCGUCGCUGAGAGAACUUUGAUGCGCAUUGUCACGUGCUCGAGUUCGUGUUCCGAGACAUUUGGCCGACACGAUACUUGAUCUCUCGAGACACUCGAGGGCAUGGUACAACGGUGAUUAGUCCGUAAUAUAUCAUCGCUAACCGACAACAGCAGUCGCUAGGGAAACAAUAAUCUGGGUGGGUAGUCUGGUCUCGCUGUCGCAGGCCGCCGCGAGAUGCUUAGAGCCUCAGUUGCCCAAUCACGUAGGGUGCUGCUGCGAUCAGAGCCGAGGGCCGUCGCGGCCUGUUAAGAUGACCGCGCGUCUACACUCGCUGAGGCAUCAGGAGAAGAAAUCAGCCGGCAGCAACCACAGACAGCAUCAUCAGCAUCAACAGGCCGUGCAUCAGGGUCCAAGCCCGGCACCGAGCCCCAGUCCUAGCCUUAGCCCGAGCCCGAAACACUCGGACGGACGAAGAGCUAACAAACCACUAAUGGAAAAACGACGGCGAGCAAGGAUCAACCAAUCUUUAGCGGCGCUGAAAGCGCUCAUUCUCGACAGCGCCCGCCUAGAGAACACUAAGCACAGCAAGCUCGAGAAAGCCGAUAUUUUGGAGCUUACCGUCAGGCAUUUACAGCGACAGAGGUCGCUCGCUCAGCCCGGCCUGUCCAGGUACAAGGCAGGAUAUCAGGAUUGCUCAAGAGAGGUAAGCCGCUAUCUCGAUGCGCCGGACAUCAUCACGGGCAAUACGACGCCGAUGGAUCCAGCGGUGAAGCAGCGGCUGCUGCGUCACUUGGACAGCUGUGUGUCGGAGCUGGAUCUGGACCUGGGUUCGCGGCCCGAUAGCGGUUUGGGUAGUAGUCCGGGUAGCGUGACGGACCGGGUAGUAGGGGCGACGAGCCCGGGCCCGUUGGAUCAUCACGUGGCGGUCGGGCCGCAUUGCAGCGCCGCCGCGCUCACGCCGGCCAAUCUGAUCAAGUCCGAAAUCCCGGAUAUGGUCGAAGCUGCUCGACCCGACAGCAGCACCACCGCCGGCGAUGAGAAUAACAACAGCAGUCGACCGACCUCCGCCUUUAGCCAAGUGAAUCCGGCGACGUUGGACCCGCAUCAUCCGCAUCAUCCGGCGGGUAUGCCGGUGGAUCAGGCUUCCACGUCACAGCAGAAUCCCAACAACAUGCUCUCCGUGGUGCAGGUUAUACCCUCCAGAUUGCCAGACGGCCAGGUGGUCUUCCUGCUGCCAAGUCAUUAUGUACAACUGGCGGCGGCUGCCGCGGCAAACGGCAUCAGCAUCGGACCGAAUCCGCCCACGGCAAUCUGGGCAGCAACCAACAUGUCGUUGCUAAAAGCCACCGAUAAAUUGGCGAAACGACCGCACGACGAUAUCAGUCAGGAGUGGCAGGAUCCAACUGGCGGCCUCAAGCCCAGCAAAAGCCCAAGAAUGGAACAGCCAGAGCAACCGCUCGACUUCACCACGUCUAAGAAAAUGAAGAUCGCCAGCUCGAGAAGCUCGACCGCGCACUCUGGCGAUCAUCAUCAUCUGCGACAACAGCAGAUAUCGGCACGUCUGUCGAUCGAGCCUGCCGGCGGCCCCAUCAUCCACGAGGAUAGGCCGUCUAGUCACGCGGACAGCGAAGUCGCCGUUGGUAUACCGUCUUCGUCGCCCGUUGGUCAGCAACCCGUCAAGGAUGAGGAGGGUAUGUGGAGGCCGUGGUAAAGGGUCCAUACUGGGGCCUUCUAUCUUUGUAAAUAGAAAUGUAUCUCGUGAGACAAAAUAUGCACGAAUCCAGAAGUCGUACUGGUGCGUGGCUGCGUCAUCUAUUGUGGAAAUCUUCCUUGGCUAGGGUAAGAUUGUGUGUGUAUGUGUAUGUAUGCAUAUAUACAGGGUGUAACUAAAAAAGGUACACGAAGCACAGGUGCAGGACAACAAACUAAAUCGAAAAGUCCUGAGUCAUUUUUAAUUUGAACUUUAUUUUUGAUGCUAUAAAUUGUUGAAAUUUGCCAAUUAGUGCGUGACUACAACGGAAAACGGUGUAGGCGCUGCCUUAGUAGGCCUUAGUACGCCUUAGUAUGCGGCGUCUGCGCUGUUUUCCGUUGUAGCCACAUGCUAAUUGGCAAAUGUCAACAAUUUAUAGCAUCAAAAAUAAAGCUCAAAUUGAAAAAUGGCUCAAAACUUUUCGAUUUAGUUUGUUGUUCUGCACCUAAUGGUGUGCUUCGUAUACCUUUUUUUAGUUACACCCUCUAUACAUAUGUACAUAUAUAUAUAUAUAUACUCUCUAUCGAUAUGUAGAUGUAUGUAUAUCUAGACAAACGGUAUCUGCUCUCGAUCAGUAAAAUUGACAUACAAGUAUAUAUCACUAUGGGAAUAAUUAUACGGAAUAAUUUGGAAAAAGGUAUAGAGAAAAAAUACUUUAAUUGAACAGAAACUACACUUUUUUUCUCCGAAUAAUCUAAAUAUGAAUAAUUUACAAAAAUAGAAUGAUUUAACCAUAGUGAUCAUCUACUUUUUUAUGUGAGUUAUUCAUAAUAUUGUAGGUGAUCUUAUUGUUAGAUUAUUUGAAAAAAUGUGGCCGUUGAGUGGAUGUACAAAAAAUCAAUUUUCUUUCCAUGAGCGAUUAUAUAAAACAAUUUACAUAAUU